CCAACAUGACCUAAUAUAAGGAAGGAACCCUAGAAGGCUGUUUCAAAGGAUCCGGCACUCACUUCAAGAUCUUAUCGUUCACAUGUUUUCAGGGUCUGAAUCUAACUAGACUACCUAGUCUAUUGUUCGGUAAACUAUAAACUAUUGGUGAUUAAUUCACGGCUUAUACCCACCUGGAUACCGAACCCAUCAUCCUUACACACGCUUACACGAACAACUCAUACAUACCUAUCAUUUUACGCCAAUACCCUCUUACCACAUUCCACAUUCCGUCUCUUGGCAAUUGCGAAACAUGGCUCCCAGCAACCAAGCCGCAUUCCUGGUCGCUGCCAAAGCACCCCUCGAGGUUAAGGAGGCGCCCUACACCCCACCCGGUCCCAGCGAGCUGGUCGUCAAGAACCACGCCGUAGCCGUCAACGUCGUCGACCCUUACAAGCAGCUUCUAGGUGACGCACUUCUCGGCUAUAUCAAGUGGCCCUGUGUCCAGGGUGAAGAUCUAGCCGGCGAGGUCGUCGAGGUCGGCAGCGCCGUGACACGCUUCAAAGUCGGCGACCGUGUGAUCGCCUACGCAGCCGGAACCCUUCCUUUCGGCAACCGGCCGGCCGAAGGGGGCUUCCAGAAUUAUACCGUCGUGCGCGAGCACAUAACGAUUCCGAUCCCCGCCUCCGUGACCUACGAGCGCGGAAGCGUCUUGCCGCUAUGCCUAACCACGGCCGCGUACGGCCUCUUCCACAAGGACUUCCUCGGCCUCGAUCUGCCUACCGCCCCGGCAGCUAGUCCUAAAGGCGAGGCGGUAAUCAUCACAUCCGGCGCGUCCAGCGUAGGCGCUAGCGCCGUGCAACUUGCCGCCGCGGCAGGGUACGAGGUCCACACCACGGCGUCGCCUAAGAACUUGGAUCUUUUGAAAAGACUAGGCGCUACCGGCGUCUACGACUACCACGAGGACGGCGCCGCCGACAGCAUGCUUGCCGCGCUGAAGGGUAAGAAGGUGGCCGGAGCUCUGACUAUCAACCCUGGCGGUGUUGCGCUUAGCGCUAAGGUGCUCAACGGCACCGAUAGCGUGAAAAACAUCGCUGACGCGGGGCCACCGCCCCCUGAGGGCUACCCCGAGGGUAUCACGUCGAAGUUUAUCGACUUGGGCGAUCUUCCUGAUCCCGAAGCUGUUGUCGGUAAGAUCUUUCGCGAUUUCUUGCCCCAGGCUCUCGCUUCGGGCCAGUUUGUGCCUGAGCCUGAGCCGUGGGUCGUGGGUAGCGGGCUUGAGAAAAUUCAGGAAGCGUACGAUCUGCGCCUUAAGGGUGUGUCCGCCCAAAAGAUUGUUGUAACUCUAUAAAUAAGCUCACGGUUAAUCUUGGUGGAUUGGAUGGGUAUAUGAUUCGGAAAAUUGUUGUUUAGCCUGGGUGACAUAAGCUGGUCUCGGCUUUUAGGUUUGGUGAUAUUCGGGUUGGAUAUCCCUAGAUUGACUCAAUCUAAAUACUGCCUUUUUCUAUGGCACUGGUACGUAUUCAUAAUCUUAAGCGUUUGCACAGUUCAUGUUUAUCUGAAGGUAAGUAGUAGAACCUCUAUACCUUGAAAGAAUGUCGUUGGUUUCAAUUGGGAGCGUAUGGCAGACGCAAGUUAUCAACCUCGUAAUGCAAUGGUCUAGAGAUGAAGUAGAUUGAAUG